AUGGCUCGCAUCCAGAUUCCUCUCGACGCUCUGACGUCUCGCUUCAACCUUGGGGACCGCUUCUCCGGCUUCAGCUCUGGACCCCUGAGCGGCCGGUUUUCCAACUUGCGGCCCCUUUCCGACUUCUUCGACUUCAAGCGUCUCUCCAAGCCUGCCAACUUCGGCGAAAUGCAAUCGCGCGUCAACUACAACCUGAGCCACUUCUCCAGCAAUUAUGCCGUCGUCUUCGCCAUGCUGAGUCUGUAUGCCCUUCUCACAAACUGGCUGCUGCUGUUUGACAUCACUCUCGUUGUUGCUGGCAUGUGGUUCAUUGGCCGCCUCGACGGGCGCGAUCUCGAGAUUGGCACAUUUCGCGCCACGUCGUCGCAGCUCUACACUGGCCUGCUCAUCGUCGCCAUACCCUUGGGUCUGAUUGCCUCGCCCUUCUCGACGCUGCUCUGGCUGAUUGGCGCCUCUGGCGUCACCAUUCUCGGCCACGCUUCCUUCAUGGACAAACCGAUCGAUGAGGCUUUUUCAGGGGAGGCGGUCUAG